AUGGGGGGGACGCAGUCGCUGGCGCUGCCCCUGGGGAAGGGACCUCACCUCGUGGGCUGCACGGACGUCAUGGUGGGCCACACACGGCAGGGGCUCUUCCUCCGCCUCUUCUACCCCUGCCUGCCCCGGGCAGGGGCCGAGCGGCCACUCUGGAUCCCACGCUACGAGUACUGUGGCGGGCUGGCCGACUUCGCCCACCGCAGCCGGCGCUGGUGCGCACCCCUGCUCAGCGUCACCGUUGGCUCCUGCAGAGUGCCGGUGAGCUGGAACGGGCCUUUCAAGCCCUGCAGCAGCGGGUACCCACUCAUCAUCUUCUCCCACGGCCUGGGAGCCUUUCGCACCCUGUACUCCUCGGUCUGCUCGGAGCUGGCGUCCUGGGGCUUCGCAGUGGCGGUGCUGGAGCACAGGGACCGUUCUGCCUGCCUGACGUAUUUCUGCACGGCGGAGGCUGGGAGGGAGGAGUGGAUCCCCUACCGACGGGUGCCCCAAGGGCAGAAGGAGUUUUAUUUCCGAAACAAGCAGGUUCAUCAAAGAGCGGAGGAAUGUGUGCGAGCGCUCCGGCUCUUCAAGGACAUCAGCAGUGGUAAAUCUGUCCCGAACGUCCUUCACCAGGACUUUGAUCUCUCUGUGCUGAAGGACAGCGUUGAUCUGACCAAAGUCGCCAUCGUGGGCCAUUCCUUCGGCGGGGUGACAGCAGUGCUGGCCUUGGUGAAAGAGCCCGCCUUCAGGUGCGCGGUGGCUCUCGACGCCUGGAUGUUCCCCCUGGAGAACGCGCUGUACUCGGAGGUGCUCAAGCCCGUGCUCUUCAUCAACACCGAGAAGUUCCAGACGCCAGAAAGCAUUGCCAAAAUGAAGAGGCUGAGCUCCAGAAACAGCCAGACGAAGAUUAUAACCAUCCUGGGAUCCGUGCACCAGAGCCAGACCGACUUCGCCUUUCUCACUGGGAAUCUCAUCAGCCGCAUCUUGGGCAUGAGGGGGACCCUCGACCCCUACAAGGCUCUGGACAUCACCAGCCGGGCGGCUCUGGCCUUCCUGCAAAGGCAUCUCAACCUGGAAGAGGAGUUCGAUCGAUGGGACAACCUCCUCGAAGGCGUCGGAGACUCGGUGGUUCCAGAAGCGCCGUUCUGCCGCUCCAACCUGUAG